UACUGAUGACUUUGUAAUUCUCACUGUUACUACUCACAACAUCAGGCAACAGACCUGCUCUUGUUACAGGGUCAACACUUUCCCAGGUUCACACAGAAGCCUGUGCAUCUCCCUUCUCAGUCCUCCACCCUCCACCUGUUCCCCUGAGACGUGACCAUUGUCCUCCAGCAAUAAGAUCCUCAAUGAGCAUGUGGCAGCUCCACGUUCCUCAUUGUCUCCUGCAGCUUAUCCAUUGGCUACUGACUGUGAGAAACUCCAACAAGCCCAGGACUCACACAUUCAUAUGUAGAUCAGGGCCUAUAAAUAGGAGGCAUGAAGCAGCACUGAUCACACUCAGCUACACAGAGAGCUGCCCAUCUCAGAGAUACAGACAUGGCACCGACAGUCAUGGCAGCAGUGAUCUAUUCUCAGGAGCACCUCACUCUGGACAACAAGCUGAGGAAGCCGAUGGUGGAGAAGAUGCGCAGAGAUCGCAUCAACAGCAGCAUCGAGCAGCUCAAGUCUCUCCUGAGCCAAGAGUUCCUCAGUCAGCAUCCCGACUCCAAGCUGGAGAAAGCCGACAUCCUGGAAAUGACAGUUAAUUUCCUGAGACAGCAACGCCAUCACCAGCCAGUGAUCACCUCGUCCUGUGCAGCAGCUGAAAAUGAGGGCUUCUUCAAGUGUGUCCAAGAGAUUGUGGGUUUCCUGUCAAGGGAAGAUGUGAAGACACAGUCCCAGAUGAGACUCCUGAGGCACUUCCAAACCAUGCAGCCUUCCUCUGGUAAAAGCAGGAGUGACUAUGUAUUGACUCAUCUGAGUUCACCAACUCAAUACACAACUAUCAAAGAGAAGACAUCAGUCAACACCGCCCUCUGGAGACCAUGGUGAACUCCCACACACUUGAAACUCAAACAGAACUGAACAUGUUGAUCUAUGAUGAACAGUUGUUCUGAAAAUGUAGGAAGUUAUUUCUUCCUCUUCUGUGCAUGCAGGAGAUUUUUUUGUACUACUUUAUUUGAAUCAAAUAUUUAGUGUGCCAUUUUGGCAAUAUUGAAUUUAAAUACUGGCAAUGUUGUUAAUUUUAACACUUUAACGUAAAUGGUAUUUUAUCCCAUAAGUUGACUCAUCUACAUCUUUCUGUUGUUCUGCAUCAUUCCUGAAAUAAAAAUGGUCUUAUCAUUUUUCUUUGUGUUUUUUCAAGUAAUAUUGUAAUCUUUUUUAAAAGGCUACCUAAGUUAUCAACCAGUUAUGCUUAUAUGAUUGCAAGAAUAUUUGUGUGUGUGUGUGUGUGUGUGUGUGUGUGUGUGUGUGUGUGUGUGUGUGUGUGUCUGUAACUGUAUAUCUAUUCUGGAUAUGUUCAUAUGAGGAAAAUCUUAAUUAUUUCAAUGUGGUAAUUGUUUUGUUGAAUCUCAUGUGCAUGAGAAGUUAUUUCCUUUCUCUUAAUGUUCUUAAUAAUAAGAGUUGUUAAUUUUAAUAUCCAUAUUCAUAUUCAACCUGUUUAUCCUGAUCAAGACUGUAUGCUUGUAUUUGUAAAUUAAAUUGUUUUCCAAAUUAGUAAUGAAAAGUUCACAAAUCUCCCUUGUUUCCUUGUUCAACUUUAAACUUACAGAAAUGUGAAAUAAACCACA